CACAUUGAAUGAAAGUCAGUGUAGCAGGCUGUGGCCACAAGCAACUGAGAAUAUCUGCACAGUCAAGUUAUCCUACAGUUUUGAGUAUAGGCAGCUGGCGAGACUGUAUCAGCAGAGAGAAGCUUACACAUUGGCAAAAGAUAGGCUGAAUAUAUUGGUGACAGGGGAAGGACCAGGCUGUGUGUGGCAAUGCAGCGGGUCACGGCGCAGCUCGUCGCCGGGCUGUUCGCAGCGGUGCUGUCGCUGCUGGCAGAGCAGUGUUUGGCGGACGGCGGGGGCCCCAGCCUCGCUGAACGGGUUAUCUGGGCAGUAAAUGCCGGGGGUGAAGCACAUGUAGACGUGCACGGUAUUCACUUCAAAAAGGACCCUUUGGAAGGGAAAAUUGGUAAAGCCUCCGAUUAUGGGGUGCGUCUGCCAAUACUGCGCUCCAGUCCAGAGGACCAGAUCCUGUAUCAGACAGAGCGCUACAAUGAGGACACUUUUGGAUAUGAUAUCCCAAUUCGUGAGGAAGGAGACUAUAUACUAGUUAUGAAGUAUGCAGAAGUUUACUUCGCCCAGUCACAGCAAAAGGUGUUUGAUGUCCGUCUAAACGGCCAUGUGGUGGUGAAGGACCUGGAUAUCUUUGAUCGAGUGGGUCACAGCACCGCUCAUGAUGAGAUAGUGCCUUUCUCUAUUCGACGUGGCAAGCUGAGCGUGCAAGGAGAGGUGUCCACUUUCAACGGCAAGCUCACCGUGGAGUUUGUAAAGGGUUAUUAUGACAACCCCAAGGUCUGCGCGCUCUAUGUAAUGAAGGGGACAUUAGACGAUGUACCAAAACUUCAGCCUCAUCCUGGCUUGGAGAAGCAUGAGGAAGAGGAGGAAGAAGAGGAAGAUAGUGAAGGAGGCGAGGAAGGUGGGAAGAAAAAGGUCCCAUCAGGUUCUAAGUACAGGGUCCAGUCAGGCCCCCGAACACCAAACCCAUACGCGGCCGACAACAGCAGCCUAAUGUUUCCCAUCCUGGUGGCGUUUGGGGUGUUCAUCCCCACACUGUUCUGCCUCUGUCGGCUGUGAGCUAAAACUAGCGGUCGAGGAGACGUCAGGAGGACAAGACGGACGUGAGACUAUGAAGAGAGAGAGAGGGAGAGAAGGGGGGGAGGGGGUCAAGGUGACAACAGCAGCACAGGUAAAAACAUACACACAGGAGAGAGCUGAAGGCUUUGAGAAAACCACGACGACGGAAGGAACAAAAAGAGACAAUAACUUUUCGGAGAGCCACUGCAAGAGGAAGCAAACGCUGCUGGUGAAUUGUACCGCUGAGGAGAGAAAAGGAGAUGUAGGAAGUGUAUGCUGUGCGCUUCUUUGUGAAUGUGUUUCGCAUCCACCUCUGCUGACCCUUUUGAACAAUGUUAGUCAUUUCCACUCAGAGACUGGGCAGGAUUUACAGAUGCCAGUCUUCACGGUUUGAAACCACAUUUCAGCAGCUAAGGGAUGCUCAGGAGUGAUUGGUCUGGGCCCGUUUUAUAAACUAAAAGCAUUGUUUUGUACUGGGUGUUUAACACUCCUGCUCAGCAUCUGGUCAGACAUGUUACCUUCAAAUUGGAAAUGGUGCUGCUUAGAAAUUGGUUAAAUAGAAUAGAAUCCAUGAGUCAAGACGGUUAGUGGAAAUAACAGUUGCCAUUUAAGAGGCUCCCAUUUUUUUUGUGUCUGUCCACUGAGAUCUAGUUAGUCCUGCGUUGACGUGCCAUCAUCUGUUUGUCAUGAGAUGUUGAAAAAAGAGAAAUCGGUGUUGAACCAGCUCUGUAGCUGGAGGGAUUAUUCGUUGUGUGCCGUCUAACUAGGCUUGCCUUUUACAUAAAAUUAGGUUUGGUUUCACAAAUUUGUUAAGGGCCAUAAAAAGUCUCCGCAGCAGUGAUCACAAAUUGAAAGUCCUUGUUGGAUUCUCAUUUUUUCCAAGGAUAGAUCUGUUUUAAACUUCAGACUUUACAAGGUGUGAAUGUUGAGCCUUUGACGGUUUCUUUCAGUAAGAGACGCCAUACUUGCAUUUAGUGAGAGGCAAAGUUUAUGCUGUGAAAUGCUAAAGUUACAUUGCUGUAUUUGAGGUGAUCUUUGCCUUUUCCAUUCAUUCAUUAUGCAUGCCUGCCUUUUUGUUUCACCAAAGAAUGUCUUUUCUUUUUUUUCUUUUUUUUUCUUUUGUUAGAGAAGGAAAACUUGGUGGCCUGUUAAUUUGACAAAUAGUUUGCAAAUUCAAGUCUGCGAUGUCUCUGUGGCUAACGGUUAAACUGGGCAGCACACUUACCACAUGAAAUUGAUAACAGCUGAUUUAGUGGAACAGAGUUUUUCCACUUUUUUACAUCAGUGGCUAGACCAGAGGGGAGAGUUGUAAUUUUUUUUCUUGUUUUGUUUUGUCAUAAAUCUUUAAGUUUGAUUUAAAACAGAAUGCUGUGUUGACUCUGACGGGCCGUGAUCUUCAGUCCAUGUAACUGAGAGAACAAGCCGCUGCAGCUCAGUGUUAAUAUAAUAAAUCACAAGAAUCUGUGCCAGUCCAUGCACUUGUGUCGUACAAAGUCGCUGUGUGUGUACCACAAGUUCAUCCACCUGCAGUAAGAGAUGACAAAGCACAAACAUCAGUGGAAGCAGAAAAUCAAAUGUUUACCAGAUGUUCUAGAUCAACAUCUGUUCAAGUUUUCCACCUUCUACUUCUUCACUCAGCCUUUUCAGAUCUGUUGUCUUAAAACGUUUUAAUGUGGACUGUACCAUUUUGUUAAUUCAGUGUGAACUUUCAGUGCAAUUAAGCUACAUGUUCUGGUCCUUGAAUUGAUUGAACAAACUGGGGAUAAAACGAAAUCUUUGAGCCUUUUGUUUUAUUUUCUACAUGGCCAUAUUAUCAGAGUCCACUUUGACUGUGUUUUAGCCUCAGCUGUUGGACAGUGAUAUCCUUUUUUUUUUUUUUUUUUUUUUUUUUUUUUUUGCUUUGCAUUCUAACUGAAAAGCAGCUUUGUUCCUCAUUUUUAUUGGAGUUGUGUUGUGAACCCUGCUAUUUAUGUAUCUAGUUACCUCCCUCAAGUGCUUAGCUCUACUCCAAGGACAAUUUUGUAACUUUGCCUGUUUCACUAAUGCGUCUUAAAUGUCCCCCGACCCCUCCCCCAGCCAGUAUUGCUGUUGCCAUAUGCAGUACUUGAAAAACGGUUAAUAAUUCAGGUGUUGCGGAUCCUCCCUCACUCCUCGAUUCUCCUUCCCAUUUUGAUUGAUGGUGGGUAAGAAGUUAGUGCCAGAAAAUAUUCAGUCAGUUGUUGGCGGUUUUUUUGGGUUUCUGUUGUUUUUUGGGGGUUUUUUUGUUUUGUUUUGUUUUUAAAGCUGUAAACUCAACUCAUAUUUAAGACAUAUACGCACCUUUUUUUUUCCCUCUGAAAAGAUGCAAAAAGUUCAUUUAAUUCAGCACCAAAGUCACCGUGUUCUGUUCGUCUGCAAGUCUACACAGUUGCGUGUGUAUAUAAGGUACAAGAUCACACUUUUUAUUGUGUGACACCAGUUUUGAUCUCAUCACUUUUGUGUUGUAGCAGGUGAGGUGUUAGGGUUUGUUUUGUUUUUUUUUCUCAUGAGGAAGACUUUGUGGCCUUUCUUCUGGGGAGGAAACGGUUGAUGGUACAGAGUAUAAAAAAAAAUUGAAAAAAAUUUAACAGGCAGCCAGAUAAACUGUCAGAAAGUCAAAUAAAUGAGAUUGUGUCUGAAAAUGUGGGAUCUUCCAUUCUAUCAUAUAUAUAAUUUAAAUCAGAGUGGGGCUGAUCUGGAGAUAUUUUAUAAUACGCUUGGAUUUGUAUGUUUGAAUUUUUUCCUCAGGAUCUGUUUUGUUUUUGAGUUUUUAAAACGUGAUAUUUUAUUGGUGUGACAUUUUGCACUGCCUCAUGUAUUUUAAAAAUCGUCAUUUUGUGUGUGUGCGUGUGUAUGUGUGUGUUUGUCUUUGUUGCCUUGAAUUAUUGAAUACAACGUGCUUUACCAUCAUUCGCCUUGAGGUUGCUCUUUUGUUGGCUUAUAUCAAAUUAGCCCCUUUUUUUUUUUUCCUUCUCUGUUAAAGACACUUUUCAGGGCUAGAUUUUCAUUCCACACAAACAGAUCUUGUUCGUAGUAAGGGUCAGUAGAAUUAAUAAAUCUUGAAUCUGUCGCUAACCUCAACUUUUCUAGGAGCAAAGCCAGUCAAAAACAAAAAUGGAAAGGUUUGAGAGAUCUGUGUGAAAUGUAAAUGUCCAGCACUUGUUGCAGACAGUCUUACCUUGUGUAUUUCGCUCCUCACCAGCCUUUUACAGACCUGUUGUUGUCAAUACAUCUCACAGUUGAAUGAACUGGAGUGGAAUGAAGAUCUGCUCUUUUUUUGUUUGUUUGUUUUUUCAUGAGAACCAAAGAAUUGCUGUUAUUCCACCCAAAUUCUUUAGCACAGUGUCCCAACAUGACACUCAAGGUUCUUGUCUUUGUUUCUUUCUCUCACCUGGUGAAGCAGUGAACAAACCAGGGGAAGCGAACAUGUCAUGUCAUGUCAUGUCAUCAGAUUUGUCACCACUAAUUAUCCGCCUGCCAUGACACCAGUCUUGAAGUUUUCAUCCUAAAAAAAGAGUCGUUUUAAUUGCUCUGUAAUUAAUGUAAAUUUGUUUUCGAGAUUACCAUCUCACGCUAAAUGCUUUUUUUUUUUUUUUUUUUUCUUCUUCUUCCUUGUGUCUCAUUUUCAAAGCAGCUGAACAUGUGAGAUGAAUUUAAACUGAGACAAAUUUGAACAGCGAAAACAUCAGUCAGCUUCGGCCGUCGUCCAGGCAGCAGACCACGUACACAAACAAGCGAGGCCUGCCACCGAUCACACAGCGCGAGUGUGUGAGACAGUGAGUGUGUGCUUAAAAUACGAGUCCUACUGUACAGAUAUACGUGUGUUGGGUAAAGAAAAAGCUCUUCUGAGAGCUGUAGGCAGCAGGUGGAGAGAACUGUUUUUGAGAGCUCUGGUUUUACUCAGAUGUGGCGUACAUCUGCAGAAUGGGAAAUGCUGAUAAAUGCUGUCUCUUUUUAAUAAAUGUGCUAUUUUAUCAGA